AUGAACUUCCCUCCUCAACCUUCACAUCCUCUCGAAAACUCCCAACAACAGAACCCCGGCUCCCAAAACCGACAGUUACCGCAACAGCAACCUGUUUACUUAAACAACGGCCCCGGUACCAUGCAGGGUAACGGCUCUGGCGCCGGUCCUGGCGUAAUGUCGAUUGGACCCACGCCCGCUGGCCAUCAGGCAGAACUUAAUAUUAUAUAUGGCAUGGUCGAGGAGCUGUCGCGUCAGCUGGCUGAGAACAGACGAGUGACCGAAGAUAUUGUCUCUGGACUUGGCCGGGUACGAAAUCGGGCGCGGGAUCGUGGUUUAACAAACGACCAGGUGCUUGGAGAAGCAGCAGAUGAAAUAUUUGCGCAAGAACCGAAUUUAGAGGCUCUUGUGUCUAUCUUAACAGAGUCCCUCGACCGCGCUAAACUUUCCCGUGAUGCCAACUUUUCUCUUCUUACUAGCUACGCCCGAGUUCUCGCAAAUAUACUCUCCCAAUUCCACGCCUACAAGCAAAAACACGUCGCCGAUGUUUCUGCCUGGCACCGUUCCUACCGAGCACAGUUGGCCGAAGCCCGCGCCGAGAAUUCGCGCCUACGUGAGCAGAUGUGGGAGAUGCAGGAGCAUGCCGGCCGCGCUAACCAGAUGCUGCGCGAGUUCCGCAAGAAAUACGACGAGAACGAGGAGCGGUGGGAGAAGCGUGUCGACGACAAGGCUAGAAGACAAGAGAUCCGUUUCUGGAAACGUAUGGCCAUGCCCGAGGUUGCCGAGUCCGAAGAGGGAUACUGGAGCGACGACGACGACUUAGUAGACCCCGUCGAGAAAGAAAGAUUAAAGGAGGUAGAGCGCAAAGUCGCUGAACAGGCCCUUGCUGGCGUUGGUAGCACCAGCAGCCAGGGGGAGGAUUCAGAAGGAGAAGGAGGCGAGCCGCGAGCCCUAUCAGCAAGCAUGAUUGGCGGCGUGGCCAUGGAUAGAGAAGGGAGUGAUAUUGCUAGAAUCAUACCAGUACCGCCUCCGAGACCAGCUAGUACGGGAAGUACGGGGGGUAUAGGACAACCGCCCAGCUAG